AUGGUCAAACAAAUUUUGUUUCAGGGUCUGUUGACAUUCAGGGAUGUGACUGUGAAUUUCUCCCAAGAGAAGUGGGAAUACCUGAACACUGCUCAGAGGGCUUUGUACAUUGAUGUGAUGUUGGAGAAUUACAACAACCUGCUCUUUCUGGAGAAAUAUUUCCAACGUGAUCCUGUCCAUCAGCAUGUGAAGAUUGAAAGUGAGUCACGUCAGUGUAAUGAGCUUGACAAAAUACUUCCUGACCCCUCCAUAUAUGCACAUUAUAGAACAAGUGAAACUACAGAAAACUCUAAUAACUACAGAUGCAUUAAUCACAGGGAUGCCUCUAUUGACUCAUCAAAUCCAGAUAGACAUGAAAGUAUGCACACUGGAGAAGAUCCUUGCAAAUCUAAAGACUGUGAGAAAUGCUUAAAUUUGUGUUCCAACAUUACUCAAGUUCAGAGACUGUACACUGCAAAGAAAGAGCACAGGCAGGGAGAAUUUGAUGGCUAUUUUGGCUCUGCACACAGUCUUCUGAAACAACCAGGCUAUAUUGGAGAGACACCACACCAAUGUGGGAAAUGCAUGAAAUGCUUCAGUACUGCCUCAAACCUGACUCUACAUAAGAGAAUUCAUCCAGGAUUGACGUAUUACAAAUGUAAGGAAUGUGAUGUAUCCUUUACUCUGAAGUCAACUCUCAUAAAACAUCAGAGAAUUCAUACUGGAGAGAAACCCUACAAGUGCAACUAUUGCAAAAAAUCCUUUUCCCACUGCUCAAAUAAUAAAACACAUAAAAAUCUCCAUACUGGGGAGAAACCUUACAAAUGUACUCAAUGUGACAAAUCCUUUACCUGGGAAUCACGACUCAGAAUACAUCAGAGAAUUCAUACUGGAGAGAAACCUUACAGAUGUAAGGAAUGUGACAAAUCCUUUACCACUUGUGGAAAUCUUUCAAGACAUCACAGAGUCCACACUGGGGAGAAACCUUACAAAUGUAACAAAUGUGACAGGUGCUUUAAUCAGGCCUCAACUUGUAUAGAGCAUCAGAGAACGCAUACUGGAGAGAAACCCUACAAAUGCAACUUUUGUGACAAAUCCUUUAGACAGUGUUCAAGUCUUAGGAAACAUCAAAGAAUUCAUACUGGGGAGAAACCUUACAAAUGUAGUCAAUGUGACAAAACCUUUUCCCAGAACUCACAUCUUAGAAGACAUCAGAGAGUUCAUACUGGAGAGAAAACUUACAAAUAUAAGGAAUGUGACAAGUCCUUUACACAGGACUCAAAUCUUAGAACACAUCAGAGAAUCCAUAUUGGAAAGAGACAUUAA